AUGCGCGGGUUCAUCCCCCUUCUUCUGGCUCUUUCUGCUUCUUAUACCACCGUCAUUGCACUUCCCCAGCCUAGAAUCGUGCCCCGCGAUGCUACAGCCAAACCCAAAUACUCAGUCGUUCCUUUAGAACCUGGCGACGACGACCCCGCCUCAGGCGACCUUGGUGGAGGAAAUGGAGACGGAAAUGGGAAUGGGGGCAGCAGUAAUGGCAGCGGUGGCGGUAGUACUGGUAGUGGCAACGACGGAGAUGGCGUGGUGACAGUUAUCCGAACAGUGACACGAAAGCCAGUCACAAAAAUUGUCACGCAAACCGAAAAGCCUAGUAUCGUCACUGCUCCUGGAAAGACUGUCACCAAGGCAGUCCCUACUACUGUUUCGGUCAUCAACAUGGACGAUGAGCCAGUCACUGAGACGGUCACUGUCCCUCACCCCAGCUCAAAGCCGACAACCACACAAGAGCACGGUAUCACUACCGACAAGCGAGAGCCGAUUGCCCAAAGUACAACUGAUCUAAGCUCGGCUACCGCCCCAGGUGUAACAUCUCAACCUCAGCCUCAGCCCAUACCUCAGCCUGAGCCUGAGUCCGAAUCACCUACCAACGUUGAGUCGCCUCAGACUACUGAAACAUCGUCAACCACCUGCGUCACUGACUAUCCUCCACCCGUUGAGACAGUUGUUCAGCCUCCUCCUACUAUCGAAAGCCCAGCCCCGGUUUCGGAGCCGACUACCGUCCUCACCCAGACAAGCGAGAGUGCUGGUGCUCCAGAACAAACUGAACGUCCUACACCGGACGCUCCAGUGGCGCCUGUUCCUUCACAGGGUACCUUUGUUGAAAGCCAUGCGACUCAGGAUCAAUCCUGGUCUACUGCUGCCGUACCUCAUGAGCCCCCUGUAGCGCCAACGACUUUGAUCACAUUGACUACCACUACCACCUCAAUCAGCACCCCUGAAUCAAGCUCAGCCUCAAAGACACACGAUAAUGGCGCAUGGCACACCUCCUACCCGGCCUGGAAUGGAACAGCACUGGCGAUCUGA